AUGGCGCCUUACACCGCCAUUACUUCCAGGCAUGACACCAGUCACUACCAAAGAUAUUGGUUAAUAUCUUACUGGCAGGCCAGAGUCUGUCUCAAAGCCCCCACGCUAUACGGGUGGCAGCUGAAACAGGACUGCGGCGACCAGAAUCUUAAUCUUAGUGUCGAAGAUUCAUCGAUGUUUUCCAGAUCUCUCACUGUCGAGGUCCGAAAUGCAGUACGAUGCCCUUCUGUGGGUACCGACCCAGCACGCUCCGCUCUUGGCUUUUUGCCUUGGCUUGCGAUGUGCGUCUGCACGCGUAUCCAGAGUUUGGUCUGCCGCAUUUCGAAAGCCAUCGAAAUGCUUCUCCUACUGUUGCCGACUGAGCGAGACCGAAAGAAAGGCUUUACGAGAGAAUACUCUAAUUACGUUUCUUGUUUCCUUGUCGAUGGAGACAAUGCCGCCCUUGGAUCGGAGGUUUCUGUCCUUGGCUUGGGGGAGGGGGCUUCUGCCGCGCCUCCCCUUGACUUCCUCCAGCUCCUCCUUCCCCCUCCUGUCAUCCUUGUAAUCGUUGCUCAUGACAGGCGUCAAUCUGUCUUGUUCCUGUCAAUCUCGAGACUUCAUGAGCAUUUGUCACCUUUUUAUUAUGAGAGCAUAAACCAACAUAUCGACCAUCCCAACGCCAUCGCCUCCUGCAAAACCAGCAUCUUGUUUCUUCGGUUCUUCUCCGCGCCUCCCGGCUCCAUCAGCUCCUUUAAUCACCCGGCGUUGGAUUGGCGUCAAAGCACAGCCGCUGCCUCUUCUCAUCCGCCCUGCGCCUCUACUCCCAUGAAGGCAUACCCCUUCCUACUAUUUUCCCUAGAUUAUCAGGAACCGAAUACUGGGGGGAUCAACAUAUUGGAUCGUACCAUUGCCCCAGCCCGGUCUGGCACGUCGCAUCCAACGUACGGGGUACAUUUACCUUAUAAGGCCAGCCUGAGGAUCUCUCCCUCCCCCCAUCAGCCAGCCCCUCCGUCGUCAGCAGUAGCGUGGGUCGUCAAGCGUACAGUGAGCUUGGCUCCGUCAACCUCAAAGCUUGACGUAACACUUGGCUGCGCGGUAUCCGUGAAAGGAAAGGCAGCAGAGUCGACGGGCAACUACUUCUGCGCUCUCGUAUGUCUUUCUUCUGCAGCUGAAAGUGGCACGGGACGAAUCUUUCGACCACCGCGCAUCACCCUAGCUUGUUCAUAUAACCAGCCUCGACCCUUCCGUUGGUUUGAACGGCAUCCUUCUUCUUUUUCCUAA